CACCGGUUUUGACACCGGAACAUAAGACUCACUCAAAAUGUAAACUAUCUGACUCUCCAGAAGAUAGCAGCAGUCAUUGAGCAUGCGAGCAAUCACACAAAGCAGAGGAAGCGCUCACCUGUGAGGUGCAUUUGCGUUUACCUGUCACCACUCCCUAAACUUACAGAGAUUUACGACAUUCUGACAGCCACAUCAAAAGACUUGUGCGGCUUUGUUACAAUGUUCAAUUACUUCAGUCUUCUGCUGCUGCUGCUAUUUUGUUUUGUCUAUCAUAGUGAAAUCUUCCCUGCAGGAAACCCCCCAAUAUCUGUGAGAGGACAAAGGGGAGGCAGCAUCACACUGCCAUGUGAAUUUAAGGCCUGUGAGAUUUCUGAUAUUAGUUUAAACAGUCUGUCAGAAAACAUCCCUGUUUGUCAGACUGAAGAAUGUAGUGAACGAGUAUUAAAACUGGGAAACUGUGACAUCUUCAUCAAGGAUCUGAGCUUCAGUGAUGCUGGGACGUAUAUUUUGCAUGUCUAUUACCAUAAUGAACAAGCAGAGCUGGAGCGACAAACCAGGACCUACCAACUUCAUAUUCAUGAUGAGAUUUCUGUAGAAAUAGGCAAGCAGCUGAAGUUGGAUAUACUUUUGCCAAAUGCUGAUAAAGUGGAGCAUCAGACCGAAAGAAGCACAGGGUGGAUGGCAGUCUGGAGCAGAAGCAAUGCUGUCUGGAGCGAUCGACUGACCAACAGAGAUGGGAAUUUGAUCAUUACCAAGUUUGCAGCUAGUGACGCAGGAACAUAUAUAGUUCUGGACUCUGAAGGAGAACUCUUGAUCACACUGACUGUCAAAGCAUCUGGCUCAGACAGAAAACACAAAGCUCCCCGUCUCCCUGAUCCAGGACUUUGGAGUUUGUCAAUGAAACUAACUGUAUUUUUUGUGAUUUGGGGGAUUUUGGUGAUCCUAUUAUUUCCUAUUAUGUAUUUGGCUGCUAGAUUUUUUGAACCAAUAUCUGCAGCAUUUGGGUAUCUAAAUUAAGCAAUGUAAUUAAUUUCAAGAUUAUUAUAGUUUAUUUACACAAAACACAUUUUUUUUUUUAACUCCUGUAGACUAGCCUAUAGAUAUAUAUGCAGUUCAUUCAGUUUAACUUAAUUUCCCAGAGAUGCUGCUAUAACAAACUUAACCUGUAAAGACUGUCUCUAUUUUUUGUUUCCUGACAUUUUGUUGUAUUUACGUUUGAUUCAUUGUGCAUUUUUUUACGUCAUACUCCAAGGUUAAGUACCAUACACCCUGUUUCUUCUUAGUAAAGUUUGUAUAUGUGCAUUUUAGACAUGACUAUAAAACACAUCAUGUAAGGUUCAACUCUUUUUAGCAUAAUUUGAUGAAACUGAUGAGACUGUGCUUCAUCAAGAUUCUGCUGGUCGAAAUAUAGUUCCUAUAAACAUAAGAAAAAGUGAAAGAGCAUGUGUAAAAUAUGCUUACAAACGUGUAUUUGAUAUGCUUCUACUUUAAAUUAUUUAAUUAUUUAUUUUUUCAUUAUUCAGAUUAAGGGAAACCAUAAGACCGAAACUUCUGUGAUUUGAUUUGAGUAAUUGUAUGUUUUGUCUUUAUUUAUUUGUGUAUCUUUGUAUCGUUUUAUGGAUGCUUAGCAACCACUCUGUUACAUCUUUACUUACAAACUAAGAUCCUCUUUGUAAAGCUGAAUUCAGAAAACAGAACACAAUCUGUGCUGAAAUGUACUGCUCAAACUGUUGAGAGUAAAAUUAUUAUGGACAUUAGUCUUCUAUAUUACCUCGCUGUAAAUGUAAAGUUUCUGAUCAUUAAAUAUAUGCAAAUCUGGGUUGUCAUGUGUUAAUAUAUCCUGGCUUAUGAUGUCAGUGAUUGUUUUUGCAGCUUAA